AUGUCUCUUUGGGCCGAUAAAUAUAGACCAAGAUCUCUUAGUGAGUUGACUUUUCAUCCAAGAAUUUCGAAACAGUUGCAAGUGAUGGCAAGCUCAGGAGAAUUUCCUCACCUCUUGGUGUAUGGGCCACCGGGUUCUGGGAAGAAAACACGAGUUCUUGCAACACUGAGGGAAAUUUAUGGAGCUGGUACCGAAAGACUGAGGGUUGAUGUGAAGACUUUCAGUUUGUCUUCCGGUAGAAAGUUGGAAUUCAACGUCAUAUCCUCCUCUUUCCACCUAGAAAUUACCCCCAGUGAUAUGGGUAACAAUGACCGAAUUGUUAUACAAGAUUUACUCAAGGAGAUCGGCCAAACCGAAAGUCUUGACUUUUCCAAGUUCGAAAACGCUGUAGUGUCACCAAACACAAGGGAGCAUGCUUCGAGCAGAAAAAAAUUCAAAGUGGUCAUUAUUAACGAGGCAGAACUUCUCACCAGAGAUGCACAAGCAGCGUUGAGAAGAACCAUGGAGAAGUAUUCAGCAAACAUAAGGCUGAUACUAAUUUGUAAUACGACUUCCAAUAUCAUUGAUCCAAUAAAGUCACGUACAUUGCCCAUAAGAAUUGCGUCUCCGAGCACCUCUGCAUGCGCUGAAGUUUUAGAAAUGAUUUUAAGGAAGGAGCACCAUGCGCGAAAAGCUUUCCCUGAUGACAGCGAGCAUAGAAACAUCAUAUUCAAGAGGAUAUCUGACGCUUCUGAAAGAAAUCUAAGAAUGUCAAUAAUGAUGAUGGAAGCGAUGUACAUGAAUCACGAUACCGUUAGCAUAAAUACUCCCAUUAUAAAACCUGACUGGAUUGAUGUUGUUCAUGAAUUAGCCACCAGCAUCUGCAAAGAUCGAUCCGUGUCAAGACUACAACAAGCGAGAUCCAUUUUGUAUGAGUUGCUGGCUCAUGCUAUUCCGGCAAAGCUGCUCUUGAAAAAGCUCACACUUACUAUAUGGGAUUUUACUGGGGCCCUUGACCUCAAAGAUAAAGCAGAAUUGAGGAAAGCUGUCAUCUCAGCCAGUACGAUAUACGAUGAAAGGCUCUCCUUAGGCUCCAAAGACAUAUUUCAUUUGGAAGGUUUCAUCACAAAAGUCAUGGUGAUUUUGGAGAGAUAUGUGGUGAUAAAUUAG